AUGAUACCUACACAAGUAAGAUUAGCCCAUUCUUAUAAGCCAUUAAUUAAGUUCGUUGGCAACAAAGAAGCUUUAGUCGAUAUGUUAAAGGCUCACAACUAUAAGCAAACAAAACCACACCCUUGUGCUAUGAAUGGUAUAGCUCCAGGGUCUAAGGAAUGUUUAUCCGUCAAUGAUAUCCUAAGCAAACAGCUACCUUUUAAAGUAGUGACAUACAUAAAUAAAAACUCUGCUACUCCAUUUUCUGACAGUAGAUAUAAUUUUGCACCAAGAGGUUUAAAAGUAGGUGAAUUGGAGUCUAUAUUCGAUUUACCUAAGAAGUAUCAAUACAAACCAAUAGAUGAAUUAGAAAUAGAGGCUAUCAACAACGGUGGUGCCCUAUAA